GCGGUCGCAAUCCACGGACCCGGCGGAGCGACGGGCGCGAACCACGCGCAGACCUUAGCGGACAUGGUGCCCAAGACGUAUCGGUACGUUGUCAGAACGAUUUCCGCGGCGGGGAGCGGUGAGGCAACAGCGACGUCUGGCGUUGGGGACGGCGACGACGUCGCGACGGGGCACAAGAAAAAGCUUCGCGUGGCGUACCAGGGAAUGCCAGGCGCAUAUAGCGAAGCGGCGGCGCUCACAGCCUACCCAACCUGUGACCCGUGCCCGUGCGAUCAGUUUGAAAAUGCUUUUGAGGCUACGGAGCAGUGGACCGCAGAUCGUGCGGUCCUUCCUUUCGAAAACUCCCUCGGUGGUUCCAUCCAUCGCAACUACGACCUCAUCUUGCAGCACAGACUGCAUAUUGUAGGUGAAGUUUAUUUCAAAGUGCGGCACUGCCUCCUCGCGCUGCCGGGACAGUCCAAGGAAAAAAUCAAGCGCGCGCAGUCGCACCCCCAAGCACUUUCCCAAUGCGAUGGCUACCUCACUGCCUUGGGUGUGGUAAAGGAGGCAGUCGAUGAUACCGCGGGUGCCGCGGCGGCCAUUGCGGCGGCGGGACAAAUGGGUGUGGCGGCGGUGGCAUCUCGUCGAGCUGCCGAGCUAUACGGGAUGGAAGUUCUCGAAGAGGACAUUCAAGACGAUAAGAGCAACGUGACGAGAUUCUUGGCACUGGCUCGGGAGCCUGUUCUCCCUCGCCCAGGUAUUCCGUAUAAGACGUCAAUUGCGUUUUCCAUGAAAGAAGAGAGCGGAAGCCUGUUCAAGGCGUUGGCAUGUUUUGCGCUCAGGGAUAUUAACCUUACCAAGGUGGAGUCUCGACCGAUGCGUUGGAAUCCGGUGACGCAGCAGGACAACAAGACGAUGCAGUUCUCGUAUCUUUUCUAUGUGGACUUCGAGGCGAGUAUGGCAGACGAGAAUGCGCAGAAUGCACUGAGGCAGCUGCAGGAGAAGGCGACGUUCCUUCGAGUGCUCGGAUCGUACCCAGCUGAUGAUAGCAGGCUGUGA